CGGCCCGCAGAAAUGCCUUGGCGCGCAGGGGCCGGAGACGUCAUGGAUUCCUGAGUGUGGGGCUUUGCAGGAAAGCCCUGAGUCUCCGACAUGGACCGGCUCCAGGUUUCCAUGGCGAAGGCGCACAAACAGGAGGAAACACUGAGGGAAUCCCGUUAUUUUACAGCAUUGGAGCAUUAUAAACACCCCGAGCGAGGAAGGAAGCCGCUCUCGGUGCUCAAAGUGGAUCCUCCUCGCAAGAGGGACCUCAGACGCAGAGCCGCUGCCGGAGCCGACGCCACUGCGCGUUUUCUGAAGAGAACUUUUACGCGCAGCUGCCGAAGCCUUUUGAACGAGUUCGUCUCCUUGAACUGAGGGCACUUUCUUCUGCUAUGCCCGUUAGAGGAGAGUGAUUUUUUUUUCUUUUUUUUAAUUCUUCCCACCAGUUCAUUUUUAUUAUUUUUUAAUUUAAUUUUAUUUCUUCUUUUUUUUUUUUCUUCGGCUCUUUUUUUUUUUUCUUCUUCUUUUUUUUCCCCCCUCUCUCUCUCUCCAGAUGUUCAGAGAGUCUUGGAGGCUGGCGCAGUACCACACCAUGAGGUCGAUGGAUCAAGAUGACCCCAACCUUGCGACUCACAAAGUCCUCAGCCCUGCGUCUGAGCAGGCGUUCCCCCUGGCCGAGGCCUCGCCGUACGGCCUCAAGUCCUGCAGCCCGCCCUACGGCGAGCACAGCGCCGAGGUUCUCUCGGGAUAUGACAACCAGGAGGCCAGAAACUACCUGGACAGCGCGCGGCCCGCGGGCCUGGCUCUGAGCCCCAGGAUUGAAAUCACGCCCUCCCGCGAGCACUACAACCAUGGUCGCGACCCCCUGCAGAACCACCAGCUGAACAUUAGCCCCAGGCCCACCCUCGCCGUGCCCGGCCAUGAGAACCUCGCCUACCGCGAGCCCCAGUGCCUGAGUCCCGCCAGCAGCAACUCCUCCACCAGCUGGCACUCGGAGAGCUACUCCCCCUGGGCGUCCCCUUGCGUGUCCCCCAGCAGCGGCCAGAACCCCGGAGACCUCUGCCCCCGGUUGCAGAACAUCCACACUGGCUCCCCGCGCACCUCCCCGGGCACCUCACCUCGCACCAGCCUAGCCGAGGACGGCCUGGGACACCGCUCGCCCUCCCCCAGGGCUGGCUCCCGCUCCACCUCCCCGCAGGGCAAGCGCACCUACGACAUGUACAGGAACCCAGGCCUGGUCCCCGGACACCGCUCCCGCAGCCCCUCCCCCCACAGUGGCCACGAGGAGCACAACAUCGGUGCCCACUAUACACACAGCAGCCUCGCCGAUGCCAUGAACGGUUUUGGCGCCGGUCAGCCCGGCCUGGUGCCCACCAAAAUAGUCAAGACGUCCAACCAGGUUUACACCCUGUACCCAGAGAACCACGGAGAGGGGAACUACUUGGUUUCCUGCGACCAGGACAUAAAAACCAAACCCGCCGCCGAGCCGUUCUUCGUCAUCCCCCAAAUGUGGUCCAAGCCGCUGGUUUCCAGCAUCUGCAGCAUCCCCGUGGCCUCUCUCCCUCCGCUGGAGUGGCCGAUGCCCCGCUGCACCGACCAGUACGAGCUGCACAUUGACGUGCAGCCCAAGCCGCACCACAGGGCCCACUAUGAGACGGAGGGGAGCAGGGGCGCGGUCAAAGCUCCCACAGGAGGACAUCCUGUCGUACAGUUACACGGCUACAGAGGCAAGGAGCCCCUCGGCCUGCAGAUCUUCAUCGGCACGGCAGACGAGCGCAUCCUCAAGCCGCACGCCUUCUACCAAGUCCACCGCAUCACCGGCAAGACCGUCACCACCACCAGCUUCGAGAAGAUCAUCAACGGCACCAAAGUCCUGGAGAUCCCCCUGGAGCCAAAGAACAACAUGAAAGCAAUAAUCGACUGCGCUGGGAUCCUGAAGCUCAGGAACGCCGACAUCGAGCUGAGGAAGGGCGAGACGGACGUCGGCCGGAAAAACACCCGCGUUCGCCUCGUGUUCCGUGUGCACAUACCUCAGCCCGGCGGACAGCACGUCUCUCUCCAAGUGGCCUCGCAUCCCAUCGAGUGCUCUCAGCGCUCGGCACACGAGCUUCCCAUGGUGGAGAAGCAGGACAUGGACAGCUGCUCCGUCCUGGGCGGCCAGCAGAUGAUCCUGACCGGGCAGAACUUCAGCUCCGAUUCCAAGGUCAUCUUUCUGGAGAAAACCCAGGACGGGCAGCAAAUUUGGGAAAUGGAAGCAACCGUGGACAAAGACAAGAGCCAGCCUAGCAUGCUGUUCGUGGAGGUGCCGUCCUACCGCGACUCGUCCGCCUGCCACUCAGUCAAAGUGAACUUCUACGUCAUCAACGGCAAGAGGAAGCGCAGCCAGCCCCAGCAUUUCACCUACACACCCCUGGCAUCUCCGUCCAUCAAGUCGGAGCCCAUAGACGAGUAUGAAGCGGACCACAUGGGCUUCGCCAUGCCGCAGAUCUUGGGCUUAUCCCCUCACUCCUACUACCACAGCCCGCGCGGCGUCCUCCACCCGGACAGCGGCCUGGUCUCCAGCAUGGCCUCCUGCCAGCGUCUCAGCUCCAGCCUUCCGAGCCAGGACGCCCGUUUCCAGCAGCAGAGCCCGGCCAUCGUCUACUCCCGCGGCGGCAAGAGUCUGAGCGGCGGCCCCGGCCUCUAUCAGCAGACGGGAGGGAUGAUGCCCGACCCCCACCGGUCAGUCCUGGUGCACACGGGCUCCUCGGCGCCGUCUGUAGGUCCCAUCGGCGCGGGCCAGCACCCUUCCAUCAUCCAGUUCUCCCCCACCAACCACCACCUGCUCCGGGCAGGAGACCCUCAGCCUCUCAGCGCUCCCCAGUCCGACACCCAGCAGGUCAUCUACUGCGACGGUUACUCCCCUCAGCCGGCCGCGGCCCACUCGCCCACGCCCCCCCACGCUCAGCCUCCGCACUACCCCACCGUGAUCCAGCAGCAGCCGCCCUACGUGCCGAAGGGGCAGCAGAAAGGCCGGGCUCCCCCCGGCGCGGGACAGAUGGAGGCUCCGGCCGACGGACAGAGGAGGGUGACCGUCAAGGAGGAGAACUUGGACCAGGCCUACCUAGAUGAUGGUGAGUUGAAUGAGAUCAUAAGCAAGGAUCUGACGGGCGUCCAGGCCAGAGGGCAGACAUAGAGGCGGGACUAGGAGCAGGAAAUGACAACAACCUAUCCCCCCCAACACACACAAACACACACACACACACACACACACCGAGUCUUCUACCUUCCUGUGAGGUGGCGCACUUCCACCAGCAAUCAGAACGUUUCUUCCUCGUCAGGUUCCAAAAGAUCAAAUCAGGGCAAAAUAAAAAAUAAAAAAUCCCUAGAGUAGCAGCAGCCAUUUUGGUCCCUGCGAUAAAAAAAUUUUUUAAAAAUCCGCACGCGUUUUUUUGCCUCGACACUCGGUCACGAAGACGUUUCCUGAGAAAGUUUAAAGGAGAUUUCUUUGGCAACAGCUUCAAUAUCGCACCAAAGAUUCACCGCCAGAUACGACAUAUCAGAUAUUUUCUUGUGACCAAAAGCUUCAUCUGUUUGUUUUCAACUCUUCUUGCACAAAGUGUGUAGUCGGUGUAACUUUUUACACGCCGCCGAUCAUCUCAUCUCGUUUCCCAAUAGAAGGGAAAACGCACGCUGCCUUUAACCAUAUACACAAAUGAAACCAUUGUGACGCCUCCUUAAUAUGCACUGUUUUCAACAACAGGGGGGGUCAAUGUUACUUGCUUUGUUUUAUAUAUAUAUAUAUAUAUAUAAAUAUAUAUAUUGUAUUGAGUCAUGUGAAUAAUGUAAACCAUUUUAUGUUCGUCAAAAAAAAUACAUAUUGGAUUAUAUUCAGGAGAUAACGCCAAAGCGGCUUCACACGGGCCUGUGAUGCGUCGCUCCACAAUUUUCUAAAUGAUUUUUAUGCUCGAGUUGUUUUUGUUUUGAAAACGUCAUUCAGAAAUGUAUCUGAAGGUUUGCCUCGUGAAAGCGGAAGCGAGAGAUGUUGUACAUUCAGAUUUAAAGGUGGUUUUCUCUUCUUCUUCUUCUUUUUAACUUUGUCUGUUUUAUUUGCGUUUCUCCUAAAGUUGAUUGUAACAACAGCUGUUGGCUAUUUUCACAGUCUGACGCAAAAUAUCCAAAGCUUUUUAUCGCGUGCAUUGUUUUCGUGUCUGAAUCACGUUGGAUUUUGAUUCCACCUCGCUCCGACCGUCCGUGUCCUCGGAGCCGAACGUCCGCCUGUGCAGAAACUUCAGACUUUCCAAUGUAAAAAAAAACCAAAGAGCGCACGUUUUAUUUACUUUAACUGCCGGAUUACUGUUGAUGAUGAUUUCUGAUGUGCUAAUGCAGUAGCAGUAGCUUCAAAACAUAUUUUUGUAAUAUGCUCAUAUUUCACUGAGUGAAUAGGAGUACACCUUUAAAAAGUGCCAAGUGUCAUUUAAAUGAUUGUAAAGGGGGAAAAAAAAGGGGAGACGUAAAGUGGUAAAUGAAGUUAGAAUAUAAGACUGAAUCUCAAUGUUCAAUAUUUGAUACAGACCUAUUUGAUAAUAAGAUUAUAUUUUGUAAGAUUAGCGAAGCUAAUAUUGAUCUAUUAAUGAUAUUUUAUCAUUGAGCCAGUGCAGCACACGAGUGCAUUUGAUGUCUCUUGAAUGUAAUCUAGUUUUUUUUCCCCCCUUUUUUUCUGUAAAUAUUAGACACAUAGUGUGUGUUUGUCCGUUUGCGUAGAUUAAAACACAUCUCGUUGUCUGUUAUGUAUCUUGUAUCUGUUCAUAAUUUAGAUUUAGCUAUCAUCAUAUCUUUCAAAUGUUUUUACCACAAAGUGCAACUCUGUUUCUGUCUAAAGGGAAUUAUGAUACAUCACCUUAAACUUAAAGUAUCCUCUUAAUAGGUUAUAUUUUUGUUUAUGCAUUUUGUUAUUAUUGUUAUUAUUAUUAUUUUACGAUCCUUAAAGAAGUCUUUGGUAAAGAAAGGGUUAUUAAUACUGUCUUUAUUUUAUUUUCUCUGUUGAUAGUUUGUCUUUGAGUCUCCUCGACUUCGUGCCUACUUUAAAAAAAAAAAAGUCUGUCUCAUGCUAUUUUUGUAUCCUUAAAAAGUAGAAAUAAAUAAUAACCAUAUACGUCA